AUGGAUAAAAGUUGGAUGACAAUGGGUAAGACACCUGAUGGCAGAUUAAGUCGUCCAUAUAUUGAAGGGGUCAAUGCAUUUAUUAAUUUUGCAAAGACGGUUGUGGACUUGAGUGGUAAUAUUCCGUGUCCGUGUAUUCACUGUGUGAAUUGCUAUCGACAAUCUCUUCAUACUGUGCGUAUCCAUUUGCUUCAUCGUGGGAUUAUGCAAUCUUACAUUAAUUGGCAUAAUCAUGGAGAAUCUCGUGUAUUGAACGAGAACAUUCAUGAUAAUGAAAUGUCGGAUGGUGAUCAUAUGGAUGGUAUCGAUGCCUUGGUAGGUGAUCGAAUUAGAGGGGAACCGAGGAAUGUAAUCGAAGAUGAGGAGGUGCAUCAUUUUGACAAACUUGAGGAAGAUGCAAAGCGUGAGUUGUAUCCGGGUUGCACUGAUUAUAGUAUCUUGAAGUUUGUUAUUGAGAUGUUGAAUGUAAAGGUAAUGACCAACUUGAGUAAUAAGGGACUUGAUAUGAUGCUAGAAUUGUUGACAAAGGUUCUACCGAAAGGUAACUUGGUUCCAAGGUCAACUUAUGAAGCAAAGAAGAUAUUACGUGACUUGGGCAUGUCAUACGAGCAUAUAGAUGCAUGCAAAAAUGAUUGUGCACUAUUUUGGAAGGAAAAUGAAAACCUUGAUAAAUGCCCGGUGUGUGAGGCGCCUAGGUACAAGGAUACACGUGCCCAAGGUAAGAAGAUUUCUCAUAAGGUAUUGCGUUACUUCCCGUUAACACCGAGACUGAGGAGAUUGUACAUGUCAAGCCAAAGAGCUAAGGACAUGAGAUGGUAUAUAGACAAACGUGUGGAUGAUGGGAUAAUGAGGCAUCCAGCUGAUAGUGAGGAGUGGAAGGAGUUUGAUUUGCAAUAUCCUGAUUUUGCCCUCGAACCUCGCAAUGUAAGGUUGGGGUUGGCUACAGAUGGAUUUAAUCCUUUUGGGAAUAUGAACAACAACUAUAGUAUGUGGCCUGUCAUACUUAUCCCCUAUAACCUACCGCCUUGGCUGGUUAUGAAAGAGCCAUAUUUUAUGUUGUCUUUGCUUAUUCCUGGUCCUCAUCAACCGGGAAAUGAAAUUGAUAUUUACUUGAAACCAUUGGUUGAUGAGUUGAAGGAGUUGUGGGAAGAAGGUGUAGAAACGUAUGAUGCUUAUAGUAAAGAGCAUUUCCAGAUGCGUGCAACUUUGUUGUGGACAAUACAUGAUUAUCCUGGAUUUGGUAACGUGUCCGGGUGGAGGACAAAGGGUUAUCAUUCUUGUUACACUUGCAAUGAUGAACCAUAUUCAGAAGGUUUGGAAAGUAAAAUUGGAUUCAUUAACCAUCGAGCUUAUUUGCCUAUGGAACAUCGUUGGAGACAUAGUCGAUUGCAUAAUGGUUUACCAGAGAAACGGAAGAGAUCUUUAGAGUUACAAGUGGGAAAGAUACAAGAGCAGCUAGAUAGAAUGCCAAAUAUAAUUUUAGGAAAGCAUCCAAGUAACAAGAAGAGACAACUCAUUGGGGAGCCAAAUUGGUCAAAGGUAAGUAUUUUGUAUAAGCUUCCAUAUUGGAAAAAUAAGAAGCUUAAGCACAACAUUGAUGUUAUGCAUGUGGAGAAGAACAUUAGUGAGAAUACUUAUGGUACUUUGUUGGGCAUUGAGGGGAAAAACAAGGACACUGACAAGGCACGGAUAGACUUGCAAAAUAUGAACUUCAGGCACACGUUGCAUUUGAAACAACGUCCUGAUGGAUCAUAUGACAAGCCUCGGGCUUUCUUUUCAUUAAGCCCCAAUGAAAGGGAUGGUUUUUAUGACUUUUUGAAAUCAGUCAAGUAUCCAGAUGGCUAUGCAGCCAACAUAUCAAGGUCAGUGAAUGCAAAAAAUGGUAGAUUAUCUGGUUUGAAAAGCCACGACUGUCAUGUGCUACUACAACGAAUUCUUCCAAUUGGGUUGCGAGGGUUUGCAGAUAAGGACAUUAGUAUUGUAUUGUUUGAGUUGGGCAACUUCUUCCAAGACUUAUGCUCAAGGACCCUAAAACGGAGUGAAUUAGAGAAACUAGAAGAACGUAUAGUUCUUAUACUAUGCAAGCUUGAGAGGUUCUUUCCUCCAGCAUUCUUUGAUGUUAUGGUCCACCUUGCUGUUCAUUUGCCUCGAGAAGCAAUUCUAGGAGGCCCGGUACAAUAUCGGUGGAUGUAUCCAAUUGAAAGGUACCUUGGAAAAUUGAAAAGAUACGUUUCCAACCGAGCUCGACCAGAAGGUUCGAUUGCAGAGGCUUACAUUCUUAAAGAAUGUAUUAAUAACUGGUCUUUGUAUAUUGAUGGGAUCGAAACUGUACAUAACCGAAGAGAAAGAAAUGAAGAUUUUGGUGAAUCUAGCGAAGGAUUGGUAGUUUUUUCACAGACUGCCCGACCUACAGGUGGUAGGCGGAAUGAUGGCGACUUGUCUCGUGCAUUGCUUGACACUGCUCAUUGGUACUUGUUGUACAAUAGUCCUGAACUAGAGCCUUAUUUAAACGAACAUAAAAGUACAUUGCAUAAUCCUACUGGAGAAGCCAUAACUCAAAUCCAACGACAAGAGUUUCCUAAGUGGUUCAGAGAACGUAUGAAUAGAUUGAAAGUUAACGAGUCAUCAGAAGCUAUUAAACAGUUAUGGUCAUUAGCAAAUGGUCCUAAACCGCAUGUGAAGGAGUACACAGUUUGUAUGGUCAAUGGUGUAAAGUUCCAUACAAAGGACCUAGACAAUCGUCGUGUAACCCAAAACAGUGGUGUAUGUACCGAAGGGGACCAUGAGGGAGAAACGCACAACUUCUUUGGUCAUGUGUGCAAAAUUUGGGAAUUAGAGUAUAUGUUUCGCCAUAAAGUUGUUUUGUUCCAGUGUGAAUGGUACAAUACUGGUACCAAGGGUCGAAGGAGAACGAUAAGAACCGAUGCACACUGCACGAGCAUUGAUGUUACAAGUCAGUGGUAUCAAAAUGACCCCUUUAUACUUCCUAGUCAAGCGAAACAAGUUUUCUACCUUCAAGAUACCAAAUUGCGUGACCCUUGGAAAAUUGUGCAAUGCAUCCAACAUAGGGGAGUGUUUGAUGUCCCGAAAGUCGGGGGUGGAGAAUCCAAUGAUAAUACAGAAGAUAGUGACGCAUUCCAACAAGAAGCAAUUGUUGAUGUUGUCACUAUCAAUGUUGAUGACAAUAUUAUUGAGUAUUGUAUGGGUGAUGUUGAAACUGAGGUUGUUCCUGAAGGUGGAACUUCAAGAGACGUUAAUCAAAAUGAAGAGCAUGACAUACCUGAUGUCGAUCUUGAUAUAGAUUAUGAUAUGUAA